UGUUUGUGCGAUAAGUGUGUGCGAUAAGAACCUUCCCCAGCAGAAACAAAUUUACUGAAAGACUUUGAACAUAGCUUAAUCAGUUGCAAUAAAAAAAACCAAUCCACAUUGGAAAAUGUGUACGUCCUAUGGAAGACGGACUUGUAACGGAAGCGAUUGAAUCUACAGCUGCUAAAGCUACCGGACGGUUUUGUUCCCUCAGCCCGGAACGUGCUCGGUGUGGUUUUAUCCCCAUUUUUGGGGAUUGAACGGCGUACAGAAAUGCCAUCUGGCAAUUAUUAGCUAAGCAUUGUGUCAUUUGCAACUGAUUGAUCAUACAAAGAGCUCGCGAAUUGCGUACAGUUCAUCUCAUCCCGUCGUAGGAUGAAUGUUGAACUGCGCGAUUUCGAGAUUAGUGAUUCCGAAACCGAGCUGCUCAUAGAACCAGCCACAACCCGUGCCAAUCGACUGAACGGCCGUUCGUUUCGCAAUCGUCGACAAGAAUUGUUCAAGCUGGGGUCCUUCCUGAAGAAGCUGUGCUGCUGCUGGUGCUGGGCAUGGCGAAAAUGGUGUGCAUCGAAGGAACUAAAACCCCGCACGAUCUACAUCGGGCGACCGCUGACGGAAAAGUUUCCACCGAACGAGAUCCGGAACCAGAAGUACAACUUCUUCACCUUUCUGCCGCUCGUGCUGUUCGAGCAGUUCCGCUUCUUUCUCAAUCUGUACUUCCUCAUCAUGGCCGUUAGCCAGUUCAUACCGGAAAUUCGUAUCGGAUACCUUUACACCUACUGGGGUCCGCUCGGGUUCGUACUGGCCGUGACGAUAUGUCGCGAAGCGGUCGAUGACCUUCGGCGGCACAAGCGCGACCGAGAGGUAAAUUCGCAGAAGUACAAACGGUUUGUCAGCGCGGACAAACCACCGGAAUCUGUAUCUUCAUCGAAGCUACGCGUCGGUGAUGUUAUCAUGGUGGAAAAGGAUGAACGAGUGCCGGCAGAUUUGAUAUUGCUGCGAACGAGCGACAAAAGUGGAGCCGUAUUCGUGCGUACCGACAUGCUGGAUGGAGAGACAGACUGGAAGCUGAGGCUGGCAGUUCCGGCAACGCAGAAACUUGCAUCCCAUGGCGAUCUCCUGACGGUGAAUGCGUCGCUGUACGUUGAGAAACCGCAGCGAGAUAUACACACGUUCAUCGGGACUUAUUCGAAGCUCGGUGGAACAGAAGAUGAAGGGUUAAAUGUGGAAAACACACUCUGGGCAAAUACGGUCGUUGCAUCCGGCACGGCCGUCGGUAUCGUCAUCUACACUGGCAGCGAAACGCGCAGCGUAAUGAACAAUUCACAACCACGCUCUAAAGUGGGUCUCCUCGAUCUGGAAAUUAAUAAUCUCACAAAGGUCCUGUUCUGCGCCGUCAUCGGAUUGUCCUUCGCGAUGAUGUGCCUGAAGGGAUUCAACGGACCCUGGUAUCGAUAUAUGUUCCGAUUCGUGCUGCUGUUUUCCUACAUCAUCCCGAUCAGCUUGCGGGUCAACCUCGACAUGGGGAAAGCAUUCUACUCGUGGCAGAUUCAAAAUGACGACGAAAUCAAGGGUACGGUGGUGCGUUCCACCACCAUUCCCGAAGAGCUGGGACGCAUGUCGUACCUGCUGACGGACAAAACUGGUACACUUACGCAAAACGAGAUGAUCUUUAAGAAGAUCCACGUCGGUACGGCCGCGUACGGGCGGGACACCUUCCCGAUGGUGUCGGCUGCCAUACAAUCCGUGUACGGGACUUUAACGGCACCGGCAGACGCAUCGCCAGAUGACCACGGUUCCGAUUAUCAACCGCGGCUGCGCAAACCGGAUGGAUGGCGCAUUUGGGAGUCAGUAAAAGCGCUCGCCCUCUGUCACAACGUUACACCCGUUUACGAAAGUAGCAGUAAUAAUGGUGGAAGCAGCUCGCUAUCAUCCACCUCCGGGACGGAACGGCGACAAUCACCUGCUCGGUCGAUUUCCGUCGAAAGCCAGGCUGGUGAACCAUCGGCCGGCAAAUCGACCACGACGGAGAAAACUUACCAAGCGUCCAGUCCUGAUGAGAUCGCACUGGUAAAGUGGACGGAAUCGGUCGGUUUGACACUGGUACAGCGAGAUCUCAACCACAUGACGCUACAGAUACGCGAUGCAACACGCGAAAGUAGUGGUGCGCGCGGUGCAAAUAUGAACGAGAACGCUUCCAUUAACACGACCGUCACGAAUCUGUCGGUAAAUUCAAAAACUGACCUUAACUCACCGUCGAGCGGUGGCAGUGUAACGUCACUGAAUUCGAUCAUUGCCGCCGGUGCACCCGGCCUGAUGAAGUACCAAAUACUGCAAACGUUUCCUUUUACGAGCGAAAACAAACGCAUGGGAAUUAUCGUGCGUGAGCUAAAUGGUGGUGAGAUUACCUUCUAUCUGAAAGGUGCCGAUGUCGUUAUGUCCGGGAUCGUGCAGUACAAUGAUUGGCUGGCGGAGGAAAGUGGCAAUAUGGCACGCGAGGGUCUCCGAACGCUCGUCGUAGCGAAAAAGGUGUUGACGGAGGAACAUUACAACGAUUUCGUGAUGCGUUACAAUGCGGCCAAGGUAAGCGUUACCGAUCGCGUUACAAAGGUGGCCGCCGUUAUCGAGAGCCUCGAGCGCGAGAUGGAACUGCUCUGUCUGACCGGUGUCGAGGAUCGGUUGCAGGAGCGCGUACGGCCAACGCUCGAGCUCCUGCGAAAUGCGGGCAUUAAGAUUUGGAUGCUAACCGGCGAUAAGCUCGAAACCGCCACCUGUAUAGCAAAGUCGUCACACCUGGUCGGGCGUAAUCAAAGCAUACACGUGCUGAAGAGUGUGCUCACACGCACGGACGCCCAUCUGGAGCUGAACCAGUUCCGCCGGAAGCAGGACUGUGCGCUGGUUGUGUCCGGCGAAAGCCUUGAGGUGUGUCUGCAGUACUAUCAGCCCGAGUUUAUGGAGCUUGCGACGGCCUGCCCGGCGGUCGUUUGCUGCCGUUGCAGCCCAACGCAAAAGGCGCAGGUUGUUUCGCUGAUUCAGAAGUACUCGAAAAAGCGCACGUGCGCCGUUGGAGACGGUGGCAAUGAUGUGAGCAUGAUCCAGCAGGCAGACGCAGGUAUCGGGAUCGAGGGACGCGAAGGCAAACAAGCGUCCUUGGCGGGCGACUUUAGCAUACCGCAGUUCUCGCACAUUGCGCGAUUGCUGAUCGUGCACGGCAGACGUUCGUACAAGCGAUCGGCUGCCCUGUCGCAGUUCGUCAUCCAUCGUGGGCUGAUCAUCUCCACCAUGCAGGCGGUCUUUUCGGCCGUGUUCUACCUGUCUUCGGUGGCACUUUACCAGGGCUUUCUAAUGGUCGGAUACGCGACACUCUACACCAUGUUUCCGGUGUUUUCACUCGUGCUCGAUCAGGACAUUAGUGCGAACAUAGCGAUCACGUACCCCGAGCUUUAUAAGGAACUGUCGAAGGGUCGCAGUUUAAGCUACAAAACGUUCUUCAUGUGGGUGUUGAUCAGUAUCUAUCAAGGCGGUGUGAUCAUGUACGGUGCGCUGAUUCUGUUCGAGGACGAAUUUAUUCAUAUCGUAGCCAUCAGCUUUUCGGCCCUCAUUCUAACGGAGCUGAUAAUGGUUGCACUAACCAUUCGUACGUGGCACAAAUUGAUGGUUAUAGCGGAACUGUUCAGUCUAGUGCUUUACAUCGUCUCUCUUGCCGUGUUGCACGAAUAUUUCGACUGGGAGUUCAUCUGGUCGUGGGAUUUCCUGUGGAAAGUGCUGGUCAUUACACUCGUCUCCUGUCUUCCGCUGUACAUACUAAAAUUCCUGCGCAAAAAGUUCUCACCACCAUCGUAUUCGAAGCUCUCCUAAGUGUACGGUUCGUCGGUUUUAUUUAUUUAUUUCUAACAUUUCAACAGAGCGCUCGUUUUCUGACCUGGUUAUUAUAUCAGCGCAGAGCAUUAUUUAGCUUUAUAAACGCAUUCAUUAUUCGUGCUUAGUUUAUACCCGUUUAUUCCGUUUCAUUUUGACCUCAAAGUAUUACCUUUGAUGAUCGUUGUAAGCUGGGUAACAACAAAUAUAGCGACACUUGUUUUGUUUCCUUUUUUUAAUACCAAUUAUAUCAGCUGAUGUGUAUUGUAUACUUUGAUCGUGAUAUUUUUUCUGUAAACUACUCCAAUGUAUGGGCUUACCCAUUUGGCUCACUUAUCUUUGCAUGCGAAUGGAACAAAAAAGAUACUGUGAGUGAGAAACAGCAUGAGAGAACAUUUUGUUUAACGAUGAGAAGGGCAGCGAAAGUACAUAACUGAAACAUAACUUGUUACAAACAGUGUCUAAACGAAUAUCAAUGCCUUCGGCAGCCGAACGUAGUAAUACAGUUCGCGAUGAACAAUUUUUAAAUGGUAAUCAUUCAAAUUUAAGCGUUCAUUUUUACUAAAAGGACAAAACUUUAAACAUAAAAUACGACUAUACACGCACACCUUUACACGCAACAAAAAAACACUCAUCCAACCAACAGCAUUACAAGCAAAACUAAACAUUAACAAAAGGGGAAUGUGCAGUAUAGCAAGGUGUGUUCCGCAAGCGUGUUCCAAGAUCGUGGAAUUAUUGAACCAAUAUUAUCCAACCAAAGGGGAUACAGCUGUGAGUUUCUCACGCCCUUGGUACAUAUUGAGCGGAAAUAAACGAAACACAUUAAGUGGACUAAUUAAGUUAAUAAACUUCACAAUUUAAUAACAAA